CACGACAAUUUCAAGAUGGCAGCGUCGUCGGCCCGACCGAGUGUGAGCAGUGGUCGGGACCGCGGAGCGACGGCCAGCUGAACACCGUGACCUGACACGACGCACCCACCCACGGGGCACCCCCAGAGCCUUUCCCCGAGCCUCCCCAGCAACGCGGGCACCGCCGCAAACCGAGCGCUCAUCCUCGGGCUGCGAACGAUGUGGACAGCCGGGGCGGCCAUUUGAGAAUCUAUAAACCGAGAACUGGCGCUCGGCUGGUUGGUGAAGGGAGGCGGGGUGGGCCUCCAUCCUUCUCGCUGACAGUGAUCAGCGGCCGCCCGCUUACCCCCGUUUCCUGGGAGGAGCCAUUUCACCAGCCCCACUCCCUUCCCCCUCGUCCCUCCAACCCCUCCCUUCACCCCUUCCACUCCCCUUCUCCCCUGCCCCCUCUCCACCCGCAGGAUGAUGUGUUCGGCUCCGUCUCCUCACACAACCGGUGGCGGUGGCGCCGCCUCCUUCUCUUGCACCUCACACCCGGACCCCGGCUACCCGCCCUCCACCACUGCCUCCUCUUUCCUCGACACGGACUCGCUGAUCUUCCCAGCUCCUGAUCCCCGGAUUGCUGCUUCUGGAGGAGGAGGGAUGGAAGCCGCCGGGCGGGUCCAGCACCAGCUGCUGUCAGGGAAACUGCUCGGGAACAAGUACCGGCGGCUCUUCGCCGCCGCCCUGGACGCCCAGCACAGCAGCAAAGGCCAUGUGUACAACUCUACUUCCCGCAUAAGGAAUAGGAAAGAUAGAAAGUCAUGGCUGGGGUUUGCACAGGGUUGUCUCCUAUAUAGAGAUUUAAAUAAUCACAAUAUGACAGCAAUGUCCAUAAACCCAGAAACAUUAGAACAAGAAAGCACAGUUAAUCUUCCAGGUUGCCAGGCUGAAGGACAGAAUAUCCUCUUCACAGAUGGAGAAUACAUCAAUCAAAUUACGGCAUCAAAAGAUGAUGGUUUUGUAGUGCGGAUAUAUGCAACAAGCACUGAGCCUGUACUUCAACAAGAGCUGCAGCUUAAACUAGCCAGGAAGUGUCUACAUGCUUGUGGUCUCUCCUUGUUUGAUCUUGAAAAAGAUUUGCACAUUAUUAGUACAGGAUUUGAUGAGGAAUCAGCUGUUGUAUCAGCUGGCAGAGAGUUUGCACUAAUGAAAACUGCUAAUGGAAAGAUGUAUUAUACUGGAAAAUAUCAGAGCCUUGGAAUCAAACAAGGAGGUCCGACUGCAGGGAAAUGGGUUGAACUACCUAUCACCAAAUCACCAAAGAUUGUACAAUUCUCUGUGGGCCAUGAUGGCUCUCAUGCCUUAAUGGUGGCUGAAGAUGGAAGUGUAUUUUUCACUGGCUUGGCUAGUAAAGGAGAGGAUGGUGAAUCAGCUAAAAGCAGACGCCAACCAAAACCUUAUAAGCCAAAGAAAAUGAUCAAAAUGGAAAGUAAAACAGCAGUCUAUACAGCAUGUAACAAUGGAAGCAGUGCUAUCACAACAAAGGAGGGAGAACUGUACAUGUUUGGCAAAGAUGCUGUUUACUGUGACAGCUCAGGUCUUGUGACUGAGUUGAAGGGUCACUUUGUGACACAAGUAGCCAUGGGUAAAGCUCACGCCUGUGUAUUGACUAAGAAUGGAGAAGUUUGGACAUUUGGUGUGAACAAUAAAGGACAGUGUGGACGGGAGACUGGUGCACUCUGUCAAGGUGGGAAAGGUUUCAAUAUGGAAAACAUGGCAACAGCAAUGGAUGAAGAUUUAGAAGAGGAGCUGGAUGAAAAGGAUGAAAAGUCCAUUAUGUGCCCUCCUGGAAUGCACAAAUGGAAGCUGGACCAGUGUAUGGUUUGCACUGUGUGUGGAGACUGCACAGGUUAUGGAGCCAGUUGUGUCAGCAGUGGGCGACCAGACAGAGUUCCUGGAGGGCUUUGUGGCUGUGGGUCCGGUGAGUCUGGUUGCGCUCUAUGUGGUUGCUGUAAGGCCUGUGCCCGAGAACUUGAUGGUCAAGAGGCAAGGCAGAGGGGAAUUCUUGAUGCCGUUAAAGAGAUGAUCCCUCUAGAUCUACUUUUAGCAGGACCUGUCCCACCAGGUGUUAAUAUAGAAGAACAUAUUCAACUAAGACAAGAAGAGAAAAGACAACGGUUGAGUAGAAGGCACAGAUUAGAAGAAGCGAGAGGCCCCAUUGUAUUUCCUGGUCCCAUUUAUUUGAACCAUCGAGAACAGGCCAUAGCCAGACUAAGACCCCUUCCAUCAAAGCUAAAGCAUAAACGGGACAAGCAUAAAGAUGCCAAUGGAGAAAGGGGGGAGAAAGACACCAGCAAGAUUACAACAUAUCCUCCAGGGGCUUUGUGUCUUCAUUAUGAGCUCCAAGCAGUCCAAGUUAGCUGUGGAUUCCAUCACUCAGUGGUGCUGAUGGAGAAUGGUGAUGUAUAUACAUUUGGAUAUGGACAACAUGGGCAAUUGGGCCAUGGAGAUGUAAAUUCAAGAGGGACGCCAACUUUGGUACAGGCCUUACCAGCUCCUUGCACCCAAGUAACUGCAGGCAGUAACCACACAGCUCUACUAUUAGCAGAUGGACAAGUCUUCACGUUUGGAAGCUUCUCUAAAGGACAACUUGGUAGACCAAUUUUGGAUAUACCUUUCUGGAACACAAGACCAUCUCCAAUGCCAAAUAUAGGCUCAAAGUAUGGCCGUAAGGCUACCUGGAUAGGUGCAAGUGGAGACCAGACCUUCCUACGCAUUGACGAAGCGCUUAUUAACUCUCAUGUUCUAUCAACUUCAGAAAUAUUUGCCAGCAGAAGCAUCAUAGGCUUGGUACCUUCAUCAAUAACUGAGCCACCACCCUUUAAAUGCCUGUUAAUCAAUAAGUUGGAUGGAAGCUGUAGGACAUUUAAUGACUCUGAACAGGAAGACUUACGAGGUUUUGGAGUUUGCUUGGAUCCUGCAUAUGAUGUAAUUUGGAGGUUCAUGCCAGGUCCAAAAGAGGUUUGGUGUUAUAAUGCAGUUACAGCAGAUGCCAGGCUUCCUGCAGCGUCUGAUAUGCACAGCAGAUGUUGUAUUCUGAGCCCUGAACUUGCCCUACCAACAGGAUCUAGAGCACAUACCACCAGAUCUCAUGGGGCUUUGCACAUUCUAGGUUGUCUGGAUACGUUAGCUGUUAUGCAGGAUCUGAAAAUGGGUGUCACCAACACUGAGGAGGAGAUCCAAGCAGUUACUAAAGUGUACUCCAAAGAAGACUAUAGUGUGGUUAAUAGAUUUGAAAGUCAUGGAGGUGGAUGGGGAUAUUCUGCUCAUUCUGUGGAAGCCAUUCGCUUUUGUGCAGACACAGAUAUAUUACUUGGAGGCCUUGGUCUGUUUGGUGGCAGAGGUGAAUACACAGCAAAAAUAAAGCUGUUUGAGUUGGGACCUGAUGGAGGAGAUCAUGAAAUUGAUGGUGAUCUGCUGGCAGAAACUGAUGUUCUGGCAUACGACUGUGCUGCAAGAGAGAAAUAUGCAAUGAUGUUUGAUGAGCCUGUGGUGUUGCAGGCUGGCUGGUGGUAUGUGGCUUGGGCUCGAGUUUCAGGGCCAAGUAGUGAUUGUGGUUCUCAUGGUCAGGCCUCCAUCACCACUGACGAUGGAGUUGUUUUUCAGUUUAAGAGCUCCAAGAAAUCAAAUAAUGGGACAGAUGUAAAUGCUGGUCAAAUUCCACAAUUGUUAUACAGGUUACCAUCAAAUGAUGGAAACUCAGGAAAAGGAAAACAGCAACCCAGUGAGCCAGUGCAUAUUUUGAGAAGAUCUUUUGCAAGGACUGUCUCCGUGGAAUGUUUUGAGUCAUUGCUGAGUAUUCUACAAUGGAGUUGGACAACCCUGGUAUUGGGAGUGGAGGAGCUGCAGGGCUUAAAAGGUUUUCAAUAUACAGCCACUCUGCUGGACUUGGAACGACUAAAGUUUGUUGGGACUUGUUGCCUGCGACUGCUGCGUGUCUACAUCUGUGAGAUAUACCCUAUAUCAGUUGGUACGAAAGCAGUGAUAGAAGAAACAAGUAAGCUAGCAGAAUGUGUUGGAAAGACUCGAUCACUCCUGAGAAAGAUUUUAUCAGAAGGAAUUGAUCAUUGUAUGCUGAAGCUUGACAAUGAUCCCCAUGGCUACCAUUCGCAACCAAAGACCCUAUUGGAAGCUGUUCUUCAGGAAUGCCACAACACGUUUACAGCCUGCUUUCAUUGCUUUUAUCCUACCCCUGGAUUGCAAUGGGCUUGUCUUUGUGACCUGCUUAAUUGCUUAGAUCAGGACAUACAAGAGGCUAACUUCAAAACGUCAAGUAGUCGGUUACUUGCAGCAGUCAUGUCUGCACUGUGCCACUCUUCAGUCAAGCUGACUACAAUCCUUCCCAUUGCUUACGAUGGUGAAGUGUUGCUUCGGUCAUUGGUGAAGCAGAGUAGCACGGAGAAUGAAUCGGCUAUGGUUCACAGAUUUGCCCUAUUAGUGUCUCAUAUGGAGAAACUCAGCCAGAUUGAAGAAAAUAUCACAAGUAUGACCAGUUUUCGAGAAGUUCUUGAAAAGAUGUUGGUCAUUGUAGUGCUUCCAGUUCGAAAAAGUCUCAGAAGAGAGGUCGAACUCUUCUCUCCUCUCCUAGUAUCCAAUACUUGUGGUCUCCUUGCCAGUAUAGUGAGUGAACUCACUGCAUCAGCACUGGGAACUGAGGCUGAUGGAUUGAGUUCCCUUCAUUCUAUCAAAGCCACACCAAAUCGGUUUGUUAAAACCAGUCAAGGACGAAGUUGGAACACUGGUAAUGGGUCUCCAGAUGCAAUCUGCUUCUCUGUAGAUAAACCUGGGGUAGUUGUUGUAGGCUAUCAUGUAUACGGAGGAGGUGGCAUUCAUGAAUAUGAACUGGAAAUGCUGGUUGAUGAUAGUGAACACACUGGUGAUUCAGCACAUUCUCACAGGUGGACUUCCUUAGAACUAGUGAAAGGGACUUACAGCACCGAUGACUCUUCCAGUGACACAGCGGAAAUCAGAUUAGAUAAAGCUGUCCCUUUAAAGGAAAAUGUCAAGUAUGCAGUACGUCUAAGGAACUAUGGAAGUCGGACUGCAAAUGGAGAUGGAGGAAUGACUACAAUUCAAUGCCCAGAUGGUGUAACCUUCACUUUCAGUACUUGUAGCCUCAGCAGUAAUGGAACUAAUCAAACUCGAGGUCAGAUCCCUCAGAUACUUUACUACAGAAGUGAGUUUGAUGGAGAUCUACAAUCACAGCUGCUUAGCAAAGCAAAUGAAGAAGAUAAAAACUGCAGCCGGGCCCUUUCUGUUGUCUCUGCAGUUGUUCGUGCGGCUAAGGAUUUGUUACAUAGAGCCCUGGCUGUAGAUGCGGAAGAUAUUCCAGAAUUACUCAGCUCUUCCAGCCUGUUAUCUAUGCUGCUUCCACUUAUUUUGGCUUACAUUGCACCAGUGGCUGCUAAUGUCCCAAAAGCUGCCGUUGAAGUUUUUGGUCUUGUACAGGAGCUUCUGCCUCCAGUUGCAACGUUGAACCAAAAAUAUGCCCCACCUGCCUUUAAUCCUAAUCAGUCGACAGACAGUGCAACAGGCAAUCAACCUGAACAAGGCCUCUCUGCUUGUACUACUUCUAACCAUCAUGCUGUAGUGGAGAGUGACCAUCCUUACAAACCAGCUUGUGUCAGUCAAUUAAAGGUAACUUUUCCAGAUUGUGUCAGGUGGAUGACCAUCGAAUUCGACCCCCUGUGUGGUACUGCACAGCCAGAGGAUGUGCUUCGUUUGCUGAUUCCAAAUAAAAGUUUCCAAAGUUCAGGAUUUGGGCCUAAAAAUACAAGCCACGAUGGUCUAAAUUCAUGGAUAGAAUUGAAAAAAUUUUCUGGUUCCACUGGAUGGCCAACUACAGUCCUUGUUUUACCAGGAAAUGAUGCUAUUUUCUCUUUGGAGACUGCAUCAGACUACGUAAAAGACGAGAAGGCCUGUUUUUAUGGUUUCAAGUGUGUUGCUGUGGGUUAUGAAUUCAGCCCUGGACCUGACGAGGGAAUCAUACAAUUAGAAAAGGAAUUGGCGUAUCUUGGAAGUAUAUGUGCAGCUUCACUAAUGAAAAAAGACCUUGCGCUUCCUGUGGGCAAUGAGUUGGAGGAGGAUCUUGAAAUUCUUGAAGAAUCAGCUCUGCAGGUGUGUAAAAACCAUGCUGGUUUAUUAGGAAAGGGCCUUGCUUUGUCUCAUUCACCAACUAUUUUGGAGGCACUAGAAGGUAAUCUUCCCCUCCAUCUGCAGAGCAAUGAGCAUUCUUUCUUAGAAGACUUUGUUGCGUGCUUACCUGGGUCUAGUGGUGGACGACUUGCAAGGUGGCUUCAACCGGAUUCUUACGCAGAUCCUCAGAAAACCUCCCUGAUAUUAAAUAAGGACUACAUCAGAUGUGGUUGGCCUGCUACCAUCACAGUUCAGACAAAGGACCAGUAUGGAGAUGUAGUUCAUGUUCCAAACCUGAAGGUUGAGGUGAAAGCUGUUCCUCUUUCUCAAAAGAAGUCUAUGCAGCAGGAGAACACUAAAAAACUGCACCGUAUCCCUGGCAGUCCACCAACUAUUGUUCCAUGUACUGAUAUGACGUUUGGUGGAUUACCCUCUCCCAAACUGGAAGUGUCUUAUGAACCAAUGAUCGUAAAAGAAGCUCGGUAUACUGCAAUCACUAUGAUGAAGGCAUAUGAAAAUUAUUCAUUUGAAGAGCUUCGAUUUGCAUCUCCCACUCCUAAAAGGCCAAGUGAAAAUAUGUUAAUUCGGGCUAAUAAUGAUGGAACCUACAGUGCCAACUGGACCCCUGGAGCUGUAGGUCUUUACACUAUCCAUGUCACAAUAGAUGGGAUCGAAACAGAUGCUGGCCUUGAAGUAGAAGUAAAAGACCCACCCAAAGGAAUGAUACCACCAGGCUCUCAAAUGGUCAAACCAAAAGCUGAACCGCAACCAAGCAAGGUCCGCAAAUUUGUGACAAAGGACAGUGCAGGUCUUCGUAUACGUAGCCAUCCCUCUCUUCAAAGUGAGCAGAUAGGCAUAGUGAAGGUCAAUGGAACCAUCACUUUCAAUGAUGAGAUCCACAAUGAUGAUGGUGUAUGGCUGAGACUGAAUGAUGAGACUGUAAAGAAGUAUGUUCCCAACAUGAAUGGUUACACUGAAGCCUGGUGCCUCUCUUUUAACCAACACCUGGGCAAGAGCCUUCUGGUCCCUGUUGAUGAGCCUAAAUCCAUCACUGAUGAUUACUUCAGAGAAGUAAAUUCACGUCGGUCCCAUGAAGUAGUGUUGAAAGAGCAGGAAAAGAUGUUCCUGCAAGGCGGACCAGGAGUAUAUAAGGUAGUGAAGACUGGGCCUUCAGGGCACAACAUCAGGAGCUGCCCUAACCUUAGAGGUAUCCCCAUUGGAAUGUUAGUUCUUGGGAACAGAGUCAAGGCAUUAGGCGAGGUGGCAAAUCACGAGGGCACGUGGAUCCAGCUAGAUAAGAACACCAUGGUGGAAUUCUGUGAAAGCAGCGAAGGUGAGGCCUGGUCCUUGGCCAGAGACAGAGGUGGUAACCAGUACCUAAGACACGAAGAGGAACAAGCACUGCUGGAUCAAGCACCUCAAACACCACCACCUAGUCCUUUCACGGCUCCUGCUUUCAACAGGAGUGCAAGUGGAAACAAUACUCAAGGAUUUGACUACAGUCUUGCAAAUGCCAAAGGUGAUCAACUGAGUGCCAUACUGAAUACCAUUCAGUCACAGCCUUUCCUUACAGCUUCUAGCGUCUUUGGUCAAGCUGCAAAGCCUUCCUCUUCCCUUGUUCACAGCCCAUUUGUGUUUGGACAACCCCUUUCCUUGCCGCAGUCUCAACCACAGCUUCUGAGUGAGAAAGGAAAUGUUAUAGUAUCUGGAAGACCAUCUGGAACCUUUGAUUUGUCCUGCAAACACAAAACUGAAAAUCGAUUGCAGAAAAUUGAAGGUCGGAUCAACAAGGCUGCUGCAGAGCAAACAAAGACAAAAAAUGCAGAAAAUCUGUCUGCAAAUGAAUCCCUUAUGCUUAAAUCAGACACUGCCAAAUUGAGAUCAGACUCUCAUAGUAGGUCCCUUUCUCCAAAUCAUAACACAUUACAGUCACUAAAAACAGAAGAGAAGAUCACUGCUGGACUAAGGGCAGAGUCCCCUACACCAGGGUCACGUUCAGUGUUGUCAAAACAGAAGUUAUCAUGUGGGAAAGGCAGCCCGUCGAGCCCUAAUUCUCCAAGGCCAUCUUCUCCUCAUGAGCGAAACUUGAUUCAUAAAGCGAACACUGCAACAAAAAUUAGAUUGGAUCCACCACGAGAGAGAUCAAAAUCUGAUUCGUAUACUUUGGACCCUGAGACAGUUCGUAAGAAAAAAGUUCCUCUGAUGGAGCCUCUGCGAGGUCGGUCAACUUCACCUAAACCAAAGUUACUCUCCAAGGAGGUAAAAACUGCUGCCAACACAGAGAACAGAACGCCAUCCCCUCAAGUAGUGCAAGAAAAUCUUCACAGUGAAAUAGUUGCGAUUUGUACAUCUAGUACACUGACAACAACCAGUAACUCAGAUGCAGUCUCUGAAAAAAUAGCUGAAAUGCACAACGCUGAUGACUCCUCUCCAAAAGUCCACUUCAGCAUAGGAAAAGCCCCACCCAAAGAAGAACAAGAAACUAGAUCAUCUCCUAAGAUGAGUCGCAAGAUUACUGGCAGACAUACGAGACCCAAGAAGGAGAAAAUGGGAACCAUUUUCAAGGAUGAGAGUAAUUGUUCUGCUGAACCACCAAAACAAGCAAUGUCUCCAUCUGUCGCAGAAUGUGCUCGUGCAGUAUUUGCAGCUUUCCUGUGGCAUGAAGGGGUUGUCCAUGAUGCAAUGGCAUGUUCAUCUUUCUUAAAAUUCAACCCGGAUCUCAGUAAAGAGUAUGCACCAAUGAGAAGCAGUCUUCACAGCCAACAAGGCAUUGAAGAAAGAGAGACUAAGUUAAAGAAUAGGCAUUCAUUAGAAAUAUCAUCUGCUUUAAAUAUGUUCAAUAUUUCUCCACAUGGUCCAGACAUAUCAAAAAUGGGCAGCAUUAAUAAAAACAAGGUGCUCUCAAUGCUCAAAGAACCCCCAUUGCCUGAGAAAAAUGAGGAUGGAAAACUAGAUUCAAUGGGCUAUGAAACUUUGAGUCAUUCCAUGAAGAAUAGAUCCCCUUUGCCUCUUACUUUACAGCAUCUUGUUGCCUUUUGGGAGGAUAUCUCAAUGGCAACCAUAAAAGCAGCCACUCAGAAUAUGAUCUUUCCUAGCCCUGGUUCAAGUGCUAUCUUGAAGAAAAAAGAAAAUGAAAAAGAUAACAAAAAGAGUAAGAAAGAAAAGAAGAAAAAAGAUAAAGCAGAGGCAAGACCCAGAGGAAAUCUUUUUGGAGAAAUGGCACAACUAGCAAUGGGGGGCCCUGAGAAAGACACUAUAUGUGAGCUGUGUGGCGAAUCUCAUCAGUAUCCAGUAACGUAUCACAUGAGACAAGCUCAUCCCGGUUGUGGUCGCUAUGCUGGAGGACAGGGUUAUAAUAGCAUUGGUCACUUCUGUGGUGGAUGGGCAGGGAACUGUGGUGAUGGAGGUGUUGGAGGAAGCACUUGGUACCUUGUAUGUGAUCGUUGCAGAGAAAAAUACCUCCGGGAGAAACAAGCUGCAGCGCGUGAAAAGGUUAAACAAGCCAGAAAAAAGCCAGUACAAGUGAAGACACCACGAGCCUUGCCCUCAAUGGAAGCUCAUCAAGUGAUUAAAGCAAACGCCGUGUUCUUGCUGUCGCUGAGUAGUGCAGCAGAACCAAAUAUUCUUUGUUACCAUACCCCGAGACCUUUUUAUUCGCAUCUUCCGAGUUUGAAAGAGGGCAUCUCUGAUGAUAUGCCCAGCAAAUAUCCAUGCCUUUAUCUACAGACACUUGCAAGACAGCAUUCAGAGAACUUUACUGGCUACCAUGAUGAUCACCUGUUUCAAGAUGAAAUGAGAUACCUUCGUUCCACUUCUGUUCCAGCACCAUACAUAUCUGUCACACCAGAUGCCUGCCCUCAUGUAUUUGAUGAGCCUGAAACCAACCUGAAAUCAAUGCCUCCCAGUCUUGAAACAAGUCCAAUAAUGGAAAAUGAUACAGCAAAACGUAGUGUCUUCCAAAGAUCAUACUCCGUUGUUGCAUCAGAAUAUGACAAACAGCAUUCUACUUCACCAGCCCGUGUGAAGGCUAUUCCCAGACGAAGGGUAAACAGUGGUGAUGCAGAAGUGGGAUCAUCUCUUCUUCGGCAUCCUUCCCCUGAACUAUCUCGUCUAAUCUCAGCUCACAGUUCACUGCCCAAAGGAGAACGAAAUUUCCAGUGGCCUGUUCUAGCAUUUGUAAUACAGCACCAUGAUCUGGAAGGAUUGGAAAUGGCAAUGAGGCACGCUCUAAGGAAAUCUGCUUGCAGAGUAUAUGCUAUGGAGGCUUUUAACUGGCUAUUGUGCAGUGUAAUUCAGACAACUGCACUCCAUGAUAUUCUGUGGCAUUUUGUGGCAUCCCUGACUCCUGCUCCUUUGGAAUCUGAGGAUGAAGAAGCUGAUGAUAACAAGAUGAACAAAGAGAAUAUAGAACAGGAAAGAGAUACUGGUGUGUGUGAACACCCGCUGUCUGACAUUGUAAUCGCUGGAGAAGCAGCUCAUCCUUUACCUGAAACGUUUCAUCGGCUGUUGCAAACUAUUUCAGACUUGAUGAUGUCCCUACCCAGUGGCAGCUCACUGCAACAAAUGGCUUUACGGUGCUGGAGUCUGAAAUUCAAGCAAUCUGAUCAUCAGUUCCUUCAUCAGAGCAAUGUUUUCCACCACAUCAAUAAUAUUCUUUCUAAAUCUGAUGAUGGAGACAGUGAAGAAAGCUUUAACAUCAGUGUGCAGUCUGGUUAUGAAGCCUUGAAUCAGGAGUCAUGUACAGUAACAUCCUUGAAAGACCUCACUGGGAUUGUUGAUAUUAAGACCUCCAGCAGACCAGCUAUGAUUGGUAGUCUGACAGAUGGAUCAACAGAAACUUUCUGGGAGUCAGGAGAUGAAGACAAGAAUAAAACCAAGAGCAUAACUAUAAACUGUGUUAAAGGAAUUUGUGCUCGCUAUGUGUCUGUUCAUGUAGACAACUCUCGAGAUUUGGGGAACAAGGUAUCUUCAAUGACUUUCUUUUCUGGAAAAGCAACUGAAGACCUAAGCAGAAUUAAACAAACUGACAUGGAUUCCAGGCAUAUGGGAUGGGUAACCAGUGAACUUCCUGGUGGAGGCAAUCAUAUUGUUAAAAUAGAGCUCAAGGGUCCCGAGAACACACUAAGAGUCCGACAAGUCAAGGUUUUAGGAUGGAAAGAAAAUGAAAGUAUUAAAAUUGGUGGACAGAUUUCAGCAAGCGUUGCUCAGCAGAAGAACUGUGAAGGAGAAACCCUAAGAGUUUUCCGACUUAUUACGUCACAGGUGUUUGGCAAAUUGAUUUGUGGUGAUGCCGAACCCACACCUGAACAAGAAGACAAAACUAUUUUGUCUUCACCAGAGGGUGAAGAAAAGGCAUCUGAUGCUGAUUUGAAGGAACACAUGGUUGGAAUCAUAUUUAGCAGAAGCAAGCUAACCAAUCUUCAGAAACAGGUAUGUGCACAUAUAGUUCAAGCCAUACGCAUGGAAGCCACACGUGUACGAGAAGAAUGGGAACACGCCAUAUCCAGCAAGGAAAAUGCAAAUUCUCAACCGAAUGAUGAGGAUGCUUCUUCGGAUGCGUACUGUUUUGAACUGCUGUCUAUGGUGCUUGCUCUAAGUGGUUCCAAUGUUGGAAGACAAUAUUUGGCCCAACAGCUCACGUUAUUGCAAGACCUGUUCUCUUUGCUGCAUACUGCUUCACCCAGGGUACAAAGACAGGUGACAUCUUUACUGCGCCGUGUGCUACCAGAAGUGACGCCAGUGCGUCUUGCCAGUAUAAUAGGUGUGAAAUCUCUUCCACCAGCAGACAUCAGCGAUAUCAUUCAUUCCACAGAGAAAGGGGACUGGAAUAAGUUAGGAAUUUUGGACAUGUUUUUGGGAUGCAUUUCCAAAGCGCUCACUGUGCAGCUAAAAGCCAAAGGGUGUAAUUUUCCUGGCACAGUUGCUGGGAAGGGUGUAACCACAGUUACGUUACCGUCAGUCUUCAACUCUGGCUCCAUUCGACGAGGUGAAAGCCACUGGUGGAUGAAAGGCUCCACACCCCCACAAAUUUCAGAAAUAAUAAUUAAACUAAUAAAGGACAUGGCAGCUGGACAUCUAUCAGAAGCCUGGUCACGUGUCACAAAAAAUGCAAUUGCUGAAACAAUUAUUGCCCUAACAAAAAUGGAAGAAGAAUACAGAGUGCCUAUUCAAUGUACCACAACAACAAGGUUGUGGCUAGCUCUGGCUUCACUGUGUGUGCUGGAUCAAGACCAUGUUGAUAGGCUUUCCUCUGGUAGAUGGAUGGGAAAGGAUGGCCAGCAAAAACAAAUGCCCAUGUGUGACAACCAUGAUGAUGGUGAGACUCCAGCAAUUAUUCACUGCAAUGUGUGUGGGAACCUUUGCACAGACUGUGACCGUUUUCUCCACCUUCACAGAAGGACAAGAACACAUCAAAGACAGGUAUUUAAAGAAGAGGAGGAAGCAAUCAAAGUUGAUCUUCAUGAAGGUUGUGGAAGAACCAAGCUCUUUUGGCUUAUGGCACUUGCAGACUCAAAAACCAUGAAAGCAAUGGUAGAGUUCAGGGAACACACGGGCAAACCUGCGUCAAGCAGCUCUGAAGCAUGUCGCUUCUGUGGAUCAAGAAACGGAACAGAGUUAUCAGCAGUGGGCAGUGUAUGCUCUGAUACAGAUUGCCAAGAAUAUGCUAAGACUGCCUGUGGAAAAACCCAUUCCUGUGGUCAUCCCUGUGGUGGAGUUAAAGGCGAAGAACAUUGUUUACCUUGUUUACAUGGAUGUGACAAAAACGCAAUAUGUCUUAAACAAGAUGCUGAUGAUAUGUGUAUGAUCUGCUUUACUGAGGCACUUUCAGCAGCUCCUGCAGUUCAGUUGGACUGUAGUCAUGUUUUCCAUCUACACUGCUGUAGAAGAGUUCUUGAAAAUCAGUGGCUUGGCCCAAGAAUAACUUUUGGCUUUAUGGCAUGCCCUAUAUGCAAGAACAAAAUAAAUCAUCUAGUGUUAAAAGAUCAACUUGAUCCUAUCAAAGACCUCUAUGAAGAUGUAAGGAAGAAGGCUCUAAUGAGACUAGAAUAUGAAGGUUUGCAUAAAAGUGAUGCCAUCACUACUCCAGGUGUCCGUUUUCACAAUGAUCCUGCUGGAUUUGCAAUGAAUAGAUACGCUUACUAUGUCUGCUAUAAGUGUAAAAAGGCUUAUUUUGGUGGUGAAGCAAGAUGUGAUGCUGAAGCAGGGCAAGGCGAUGACUAUGACCCACGGGAAUUGAUCUGUGGUGCUUGUUCAGAUGUCUCUAGAGCACAGAUGUGUCCCAAACAUGGUACAGACUUCCUGGAGUACAAAUGUCGGUAUUGCUGCUCUGUGGCAGUGUUUUUUUGCUUUGGAACAACACAUUUCUGUAAUGCUUGCCAUGACGACUUCCAGAGGAUGACAAGUAUUCCUAAAGAAGAACUUCCCCGUUGUCCUGCAGGUCCAAAAGGAAAACAGCUUGAGGGAGCAGAGUGUCCUCUUCAUGUUGUCCACCCAGCCACUGGUGAGGAAUUUGCUUUGGGCUGUGGUGUUUGCAGAAAUGCUCACACAUUCUAAGUAUGCAGCAGUGAUGCUCCUUCGCAUUUUCCAGCCUUUUAAAUCUUUUCAGUUUCUGAACUGAAGUCAGUAACUUGGAUUGGCGCACUAUCAUUUGAAUGAAAGAACAACAUGCUGUGCACAGAAAAGAACUUUAUUUUUGUGCACGUACUUAUUGCUGUAAAUGACUCGAGUUUUUCAAAAGGCUUUAAACUUGUGAAGUGUUUGCAUGCUGCCGUUACAAACCUCAGCUGUAAGGCAUCACACACCUACACGGUACCUUGACAGAAGAUGCUUUUUCUAAAAGCGAUUGAGAUGUAUGGACAAGGACAGCUUCCAAAUUACAAAAUUGAAGAAUUGCUACAAGUACACAGAGUACGACUUUUGGGUAACCCUGUACAGUAUUCUUGGAAGUUGUAACCACGUCAUGGUUGAGAGUAUAUUCUUGUUCAUUUGAUAGACUGUUGAGGAUGUUUUAGGGCUUGUUGUCUAUGAAUAUCAUAAUGUAUAUAUGGUAUCAGUGUUAGGUGUAUUACAAAGUUGCUACGUUACACUGCAAUUUUCAUUUAAACUUCUAAGGGUUAUGUUUGAGCCUGAAAUUUUAAUGAAGUGCAAUACUGGGUGUGCCUCCUAUCUUGCAGCUGUACACAUAUGGAAUGUAUAUGUCAAUAAAACCGCUGUACAUUUUUAUACAGUGAAAA